AUGAAGAUCAACAUCGCAAACCCCUCGACGGGUGCGCAGAAGAAGCUGGAGAUUGAGGAUGAGGGCAAGCUCCGUGCCUUCUACGACAAGCGCAUUGCCCAGGAGGUCGAUGGGGAGUGCCUUGGCGACGAGUUCAAGGGCUACAUCUUCAAGAUCGCCGGCGGCAUGGACAAGCAGGGCUUCUCGAUGAGGCAGGGUGUGCUGGUCAGCCAGCGCGUGCGCCUGCUCAUGACGCCGGGCGACCAGUGCUUCCGCGGGUACGGGCGCCGCAACGGCGAGCGCCGCCGGAAGUCGGUCCGCGGCUGCAUCGUCUCGAGCGACCUCUCGGUCCUCAACCUCGUCAUCGUGAAGCAGGGCGAGGGCGAGAUCCCCGGCCUCACCGACCGCGAGCUCCCGCGCAUGCGCGGCCCCAAGCGCGCCUCCAACAUCCGCAAGCUCUUCAACCUCGGCAAGGACGACGACGUGCGCAAGUACGUCAACACGUACCGGCGGACGUUCGAGGACAAGAACGGCAAGAAGCACUCGAAGGCGCCGAAGAUCCAGCGCCUGGUGACGCCGCAGACGCUCCAGCGCAAGCGCAGCCGGGCGGCCAAGAAGAAGAUCGCGCAGGAGAAGUCGAUGAAGGAGGCCGCCGAGUACCACAAGCUGAUCGUGCAGCGCGUGAAGGAGCAGCAGGAGCGUCGCUCCAAGUCGCUCGCGGAGAAGCGGGCCAAGCGCGCCUCGCAGGCCUCGCGGGCGUAA